AUGAGCGAGACCCCUUUGUCCUCUGCAAGCCCUGGCUCGAACGCCAUCGCCGCCUUGGCUGAGCAGCAAACCGUCGUCGACCGCCUUCAUGCCGCCGUGGCCAAUCUACCACCUCCACGCCAGUCCCUGCUGGUCGAACCCGUCCUUGAACAACUGCCUUUGGUUCCUCAAGGCCCCGUGGACAACCUUGACAACCUUGAUGCGCCGGCUCAGCACGCGCUGCCUCUCUUGCCCAUAACGUCGACCGGAUCCUUGGACCCUCUCCAAGUGCUCAGCUCGCGUGUAGGGCCACCAUCGGUUCUUGAUACCGACCAUCUCACCCAAAAGCAGGACCUGGUGCUGGAGGAUGGCUUGGGUAGCAAGAAUUCGCCACACCUCAUCAAAGACAAGGCAAAGGACAGCUCUCGAGAUCCGACAGAACAGCAUGCUCACUUCAAUGUGGAGCUGGUCGAGACGCCCGCGCCCGCGGGCAGCCGUUCCCGCAUGUGGUCGUUCUUGUUCCUGUUUGCGCUGUUUGCCGGCUGUCAGUCAAUUUUUCUGCGCCUCUCCUCGAUUGUGGCUCCUUCGACCGUGGUUAGCAAUGGCAGCUACCUCCUAGUAUUCAUGCUUGGCGAUGGCACAGCACUGCUUGCCUUUGCGCUUCGCACCUUUGCCUUUAAGAUCCAUUGGCAAAGCGUGCUUCCACGCCGUGCCGGAGCGGGCGCAGCCGCAGGCAUGCUCAACGCCAUUGGCAUCGUGGGCUUUACCAUGCUCAAUGCUGAUGGUGGCGAAGCUUCGCUGCUGGCCCCGCUCACGUCCCUGAACCUGGUGGUACCAGUAAUCUUUGGCUUCCUGGCCUUUGGAGACCGUGCAACACUGCGCAAGCUUGCGGGCAUUGUGCUCGGUGUUGGCGCGACGAUGAUGUUUGCCUUUGGGGGGGGAUCAUCCUUCAGCUUUAGUGACAUGUCCACCCUGACCUACUUUUUCAUCGUCUUCUUUGGGUGGGGUUUCACCACCACCCUUUUUCAGUUGAUAUCCCUUCUUCCUGCCAACGACCUGGCGGCUGCCUACGUGAGCAGCGUCGUGGCCUUUACCGUGACGGGAAUUGUGGCGGCUGUGAGCAUCUUUGGCCAAGUGGACCUGACCAACUUUGAUUGGGCGCACAUCAUGCUGCUUCUGGCUGGGGCGUGCCAUGGCAUUGCCAACGCAUGCUUUGUCUAUCUGUCUCAAGCCAUGCCGUCCGAGGCUUCGGUCGUGGCACCUCUGUCAUCGCUCAACAUUGUCCUCCCCGUGGCCGUGGGCAUGAUUGCACUUGGCGAAGAGGUCACUGCGCUCAAAAUCGUUGGGUCCAUCCUGGCCGUCGUGGCCGUGCUCAUGAUGGGUGUGUCGGACCUGACAGAGCUGGUGGCUAGCCUCAACUGUUGUUGUCGCACGUCGAAAGACACGACCCAGCACAUGAUCCCAGCGGUGGUGGAUGAUGAAGGUCAUGUCGUGGUUGAAUUGCAAUGGCGGGACCUAGACUGGGAUGACACAAUGCACUUUAGCGUGAACAAACCAGAACACGAGCUGGAGGCCGCUGUUGCUGCUGCGCUUGACGCUGACGACGUGGAGGAGGAAACUGCUCACUUGAGCGCCCUCCCCCUGAUGGCCGGUGCACCCGUUCUUCCCAGCCCUACCGAUAUGGAAAUCCAACGUUGUAAAGUCCUCUUUCUCUCUCUCAAACUCUCUCUCUCUCAAACUCUCUCUCUCUCAAACUCUCUCUCUCUCAAACUCUCUCUCUCUCAAACUCUCUCUCUCUCAAACUCUCUCUCACGCCCUCGCUCUCUCUUCAACUCUUCUCUCUCUCAUGCCCUCGCUCUCUCUCUCUCUCUCUCUCUCUCUGUUCAACGGUAUGCACGCUUUCGUGGAGGUUAUCGCGUGGCAUGA